UAUGGACGAAACGGCGUGCUUGUGGCAAACACCCAGUGCACCAUGUAGGCGCUACCCCGCAGAUGCAUCUUGUUACAUAGGCGACUCCAUACCUUAGUUCCUCGGAUACUGUGUUGUGCAUAUACGCAUGCGUAUAUGUAGAGUGAUAUCGUGCGGCUCUGAAAAAACCAUUGUGCUAGCGAACUUCCAUUAUUAUCCUAACCGGGUAAAGUGUGACAAGUUUGAGAAGAAGCUUGACGUGCGGUGCCUUGUGUGUGAAAAGCAGGAGAAAAGUGUCUGAGGUGAGUUAGAAGCGUGUUUACUGUCCAGUGAGUGCUGGUUGACCAGAGAGAUUGUUUCUUCGUUGCAUGACGGCAUAACACAAAGGACUACAUACGCCCUUGGAUAGGUACAAGAAAUUGUGCUCGGUCGGUAACAACGACAGAAAGCGAUCUUCAAGAAGUCCUAUUCAUAAACGGAGCACUAAUCGUGUAUAUAACGGGAGCGCGCGAACUCUUUCGCGCGUUAUGACCGCCCUUGUGAAACAGGCGGCGUACACCGCCUUGACAGCGCCGGCUUCUCGAUCUCGGCGGCUGCUGUGGUUCGCGAUAAUUGUCAAUUUCGCGCUCGUCGUCGGAUGUAUAGUUCGACUCUACCAGCAGCAUAUGGAAUUGCACCGACUACGCGACGCCGUUGGCUCUUUCUCACUCGAGCAGAACAAGUUAGAUACGUUGGCCGUCACGCUAUCGAGACGCGCACGUGAAACCCCGACUGGCUGUACGUGUCCCUCUGGCCGACGAGGUAAGCGAGGCUUGAAGGGAGAUAGGGGCGAACUUGGGCCUCCAGGUCCUCCCGGAGAACCUGGCAGACCCGGCUUCCCAGGGGCGAUUGGAAUCGACGGUCCUAGAGGAGAGCCCGGACCACCAGGUCCCAAAGGCGAUAAAGGCGAUGCACAUGUUAUUCUUCAAAACCGCAAGCGCUCGGUAGGGGCAACCCGCUUGCAACAAGGCGGAGGUCUAGGCUACAUGGAGGUUGUAGCCAUCAAAGGCGAGAAAGGCGAGUCCGGACCUCAGGGGCCCCCGGGGAAACCGGGUCACGACGGUCUCCCAGGGUCUGUGGGAUUGCCCGGUAACUCUGGACCAGCCGGACCGAAAGGGUCUCAUGGUGCGCUGGGCCCUCAGGGUGAGCCAGGACCUCAGGGACCUCCUGGAGAGCCUGGUAGGGAUGGCGAAGACGGACUUCCUGGUAAGGAUGGCCGUGAUGGUUCUCAAGGGCCGCCUGGCCCUACUGGACAAAAAGGCGACGCUGGUCAGGUGGUUCAGGUGAAUGCAGCGGAUGGCAAAGUACAGAUCGUUGAGGGUCCUCAGGGCCCGCCAGGUGAGAAAGGCGAUCCUGGGCCCACAGGCGAACGCGGAGACAAAGGGGAGGAAGGUCCACGAGGUAAACGCGGUGCCAUUGGUGCGACGGGAAAGACCGGACCUCAGGGACCCAAAGGCGAGAUUGGUAUCAAAGGCGAACAAGGCGAAUCCGGCAAAAAGGGUGAGAAAGGCGACAAGGGAGAUCAGGGCGAUGUCGGUUUGCCAGGGGCACCCGGACGCCAUGGUGACAAAGGCGAGCUGGGUGUCCAAGGCCCCCCCGGACUACCAGGGGCCCCUGGCAGGGAGGGCGAUAAGGGCGCUCGGGGUGAGAAAGGUGAUAUGGGCAUGAUGGGUCCACCGGGACUUCCCGGAUCACAAGGCAAAAAAGGCGAACGAGGAGAUAGAGGGUCAGAUUCGCCUCCCCACUACGCUGCCCAUCAAGGCAUGAUAGCCACGGACAGUUUUGACCGUGAGUAUAACAUGAUGGGUGGAUAUCAGCCCGGUCCACCAGGCCCGCCAGGACCGCAGGGUCCACCAGGUGUCAAAGGUGACAAAGGCAGCACCGGUGAAAAAGGAGACUUAGGAGAGAAAGGUGCUUCUGGUCGAGACGGUCCAAUGGGAUUGCCUGGCAUUUCAGGCCAGAAGGGCGAACCUGGCAAUCGGGGUCGGCCGGGGCGCAAGGGUGAUCGCGGCGAGUCCUAUGGGGGUUAUUAAUUAAGACUUACUCGCUGGGGAAUCGUCAUUCACUCACACAUUGACAUAGAGCGGCACAGACGCGUUUGCACAUAAAAGGACACAGAAGCAGAAAAAGACGCACACGCUUACACACCUAUUAUGCGAUCCGCCAACUUGAUCGUCGUAUUUCUGCUUCUUUCGACCCGCAGGACGAAGACCGACAUAUCCAUAUCUAUGCCAAGCUAAAGAGACGUAAAUUCUAACGAGAAAUGGGCCAAUAAGAGCUACUUAAGAUUUAGUUAAAGCGAUUAGAUCAAAGGUAUCUUUUGCUUUCCAAGAACGAACUUGAAGGCAUCAUAAUCGAAAUGUACUAAGUAACUUUGACCUAGUCGAUUAUCAAGUUAGGGGGAUAUUAGUGACAACAGAAUUUUGAAUGUGCUGUAACGAGGAAUUCUUGUAUGUAGCUUUGACGAACUCUAGGUCGACAGACACAGUACGGACAAAAACACGAGCAAAUCCCAUGAAUGGAAAAAGUCAACGAGAGAUCACAUUGUACAUAGCCAAAAAGGAAGAGUUCGGGCAGAGAAAAGUUGGACAAGCAAAAUGGCAACCACAAAAGGUCUACACAUGACAGCGAUAUUUGACAGCUUCGUAUUAACCAACCGCAUCGGGCGACUCUACGAACCACUUAGAAAAGAACGGCUCGCGCCAUCUUUCAAGGGUGAAACU